GUGGCUCUCGCAUUUCGAAAUAGAAGUAAUCACACCAAAUGGCAGUGCUAUCAGCUCGAGGUUGUCGUAUAGAUUCCAUGGACGCCCUAAUGCUAACACAUGUGCAAAGCUAUAUCUAAGCCACGUCUGUGUGUGCUCUGUGUGUGCUGUGUGUGUGCUGUGUGUGUGAUGUGUGCUGUGUGUGCCGCGUAUGACUAUGCCGCAGGAAAUUCUUAAUCAUUUUCGGCUGAGUUUAGUGUGCAUAGAGGGCGGAACUUGUAGCGCCAGAAAAUUCGCUGAUCCAAAGUUGGAUAUUUCUACCUUCUGGCCCGAUUUCGUUUUCCAUUCAAUACAAUGUCACUGACCAAGUCGUCGUCGAGAAGAGACCUAAGUGAGCAGAAUCAGAACGGAAGUCAGCCCAAGUCGACGACCAUAGUCAAGUAUGAGAAGUCCUCGUGCCUCUUCUGCAACGAAUGGUUCGAUGCCCAGACAUUCACGGAACACCUGAUCCACUGCGGCCAGGUGCUGGAGGAGUGUCCCAACGGCUGUCAGGCCUUCAUCCCACGCAUACGGAUGCGAUCCCAUCUGAAGGAGUGUCCCCGCAACCAGCACAAUUUGAGCAGCCAGCAGCGGAUGAGUGUCAGCAUGGAUCGCCUGGAUCGGCAGUCGGAUCAGCGUCUCCUGGUCAUCGAACAGGACGUGGGCACCAUUCGUUCCGUUCUCAAUGAGGAGAUACGACAGCGUCUGCACCUCAUCACCGAUGUGGGCAACAUACGGAAGCAGAACCAGGUCGUCGAGGAUUGGACUCGGGAAACCGAGAAGGCGAUGGACGAACUGCGUCGCCAGAUGGAGGAGGAAACCAGCCGCAAGGCCUUUGCCAUCGAACAGAACCAGCUGGAUGUCCAGUACUGCUGUGAUAUCACACAGUCGUUGAAGGAGCAAGUGGAGUCCAGGCUGGAUGAGGCCACCAAGCUGGUGAACCAACUCUCGGCGGACGUGACCUAUCACCAGAAUCAGCUGAACGACAACAUCCUGAAACUGGAGGAGCUGAUCUUUGAAAACGAGCGGCUCAAUCGGGAAAAGUUCUUUCAGAUCGAGGAAUUUCUGCAGCAGAUCAAUGAGGACAUCAAAACCAAACUGGGCAAUAGUGACUAUGUGACUUCCAAGCAGGCCACACUGGACUACGAGGUGAAGAACGUGAAGAACAUUGUGUGCGAAACGGAGGAGCGUUGCGAUAAAUUGGAUAGAGCUCUGCAUCAGACCAUGCAGAAUAUAUCCGAUUUGGAGACCCAAAUGGCCAUGCAGCAGCGGAUUGCCAGUGUCCAGAAUAUAAGGGGACACUUGAUUUGGCGCAUCAAGGACUACUCGAAGAAACUGGAAGAGUCCAAGCAGUACGACACCAUACUCCACAGCGCCAUGUUCUCCAACAAAGCCUUUGGCUACGCUCUACGGCUGGACAUCUACUUGAAUGGCAAGGGCACGUGGAAGGGCAGGAACAUGAUCGCCUGCUUGAACGUUCUAUCGGGGGAGUACGAUCCACUUUUGGCCUGGCCCUGCCGCCUCCAGGCCGAGAUCAUCAUUCGGGAUCAGUGCUCGAAUGCGGCAGAUGCCGAGGAUUAUGUGAAGACCAUCUUUGUGCGCAAGAAGAGCGAUGAUUUUAUCCAGAGCAACCAGUACUUCCAUAUACCCCACAAGGUGAUCACCAGUCGCAACUAUCUUCGCAACGAUUCCAUGUUCAUCGAGGUACGAGUUCUCAAAUAAAACCCAGAAUCGAUCGAAAAGGAAAAAUGCCAUUGAUGAUUGCCACAAA